CGUCGGAGGCUGUACCACAGACCCACGCGGCUCCCCCACUCAGCGCUGCUGACGCGCCGCCCCCAUCCCUGGCUCACACCCCCGCCGCAGUCCGCUUGGUGCGGGACAGAGGCGGCCAAGACAGAGGAGCUCAGGAGAGCAGGUGGGCACCUCUACUCCACAGGACGAGGGGUUACCAAGAUGCCUAUUUUGGAAGAAGUCUCCCAUGAAGUAGCUGCAAAAACUCCCAGCAGUGAGGAGGAGUCUGGACUGCCCAAGCUGCCGGUGCCCCCCCUGCAGCAGACACUGGCCACCUACCUGCGGUGCAUGCGGCACCUGGUGCCUGAGGAACAGUUCUGGAGAAGCCAGGCCAUCGUGCAGAGGUUUGGGGCCCCUGGUGGUCUCGGCGAGACCCUGCAGCAGAAACUCUUGGAGCGGCAGGAGAAGACGGCCAACUGGGUGUCUGAGUACUGGCUGAAUGACAUGUAUCUCAACAACCGCCUGGCCCUGCCAGUCAACUCCAGCCCAGCUGUGAUCUUUGCUCGGCAGCCAUUCCAGGACACCAGUGACCAGCUCAGGUUUGCAGCCAGCCUCAUCUCAGGUGUGCUGAGCUACAAGGCCCUGCUGGACAGCCACUCCAUCCCCACAGACUGUGGCACAGGCCAGCUGUCAGGCCAGCCCCUCUGUACGAAGCAGUACUAUGGGCUCUUCUCCUCCUACCGGCUCCCUGGCCAUAGCCAGGAUACACUGGUGGCCCAGAAGAGCAGUGUCAUGCCUGAGCCCGAGCACGUCAUUGUGGCCUGCUGCAACCAGUUCUUUGUCUUGGAUUUGGUCAUCAACUUCCGCCGCCUCAGUGAGGGAGAUCUGUUCACCCAGUUGAGGAAGAUCAUCAAGAUGGCUUCCAAUGAGAAUGAGCGCUUGCCUCCCAUCGGCCUUCUGACAUCAGACGGGAGGAGUGAAUGGGCAGAGGCAAGGACAGCCCUCGUGAAAGACUCCACCAAUCGUGACUCGCUGGACAUGAUCGAGCGCUGCAUCUGCCUGGUGUGCCUGGACGCGCCCAGUGGGGGGGACCUCAGCGACACCCACAGAGCGCUCCAGCUUCUCCACGGAGGGGGCUACAGCCAGAAUGGGGCCAACCGCUGGUACGACAAGUCCCUGCAGUUCGUGGUGGGCCGAGAUGGCACGUGUGGCGUGGUGUGCGAACACUCCCCAUUCGACGGCAUCGUCCUGGUGCAGUGCACGGAGCACCUGCUCAAGCACAUGAUGAAGAGCAGCAAGAAGCUGGUCCGCUCAGACUCUGUCAGUGAGCUGCCUGCACCCAGGAGGCUGAGGUGGAAAUGCUCCCCAGAAAUCCAGGGCCACCUGGCCUCCUCAGCAGAAAACCUCCAACGAAUAGUGAAGAACCUGGACUUCACCGUGUAUAGGUUUGCUGGCUAUGGGAAGACGUUCAUCAAGAAGCAGAAGUGCAGCCCCGAUGCCUUCAUCCAGGUGGCCCUGCAGCUGGCCUUCUACCGGCGCCACCAGAGACUGGUUCCCACCUAUGAGAGCGCAUCCAUUCGGCGGUUCCGGGAGGGGCGUGUGGACAACAUCCGAUCAGCCACUCCGGAGGCACUGGCCUUUGUGAGAGCCAUGACUGACCAUGAGGCUGCCAUGCCUGCUUCUGAGAAGGGACAGCUCCUGAGGGAUGCCAUCCGGGCUCAGACUGAGUACACAGUCAUGGCCAUAACAGGGAUGGCCAUUGACAACCACCUGCUGGGGCUUCGGGAGCUGGCCCGGGACCUGUGCACAGAGCCACCUGAGAUAUUCACAGACGAGACAUACCUGACCAGCAACCGGUUUGUCCUCUCCACCAGCCAGGUGCCCACCACCAUGGAGAUGUUCUGCUGCUAUGGUCCUGUGGUCCCCAAUGGCUAUGGCACCUGCUACAACCCUCAGCCUGAGACCAUCCUCUUCUGCAUCUCCAGCUUUCACAGCUGCAAGGACACCUCAUCAGAGGGAUUUGCAGAAGCUGUGGGGGCGAGCCUCAUUGACCUGAGAGCUCUGUGCAGUCCGACGCAGUCCUCUGACUCCAAGUCCCUGUCAACAGAGGAGAAAGCCAUGGCCCCCAGCAAGGGCUACCACCCUUGACUUCCCUCUGAGUCCAGCCCUCUGCAGCUGCUAGACCCUGCCUCAUGCUUGUUCUCAGCCCUCUCCCCAUCCCCACUUUCUUCAGUGUCCCAGUCCCCAGGCCCAGACCACAGGCUACAUGCAAGUAACAUCCAAGCUGGAAUGCUGGGGGAAAAGGGUGCCUCAAGAGGUAGGGAGUGGCCUAUGCCCUGGGAAUGAGGCCAUCCUGGAUCCCAGGUGGUGAGUUCCCCAGCAAACACCUCCCUCUGUGGUUCCUCAGAAUUUAAUGGUCAUGUUACCUCCCCUGUGGGAUCUAGCAGGUCUGGAGAUGUUUCUGCCCAGCAAAACAAUGAGUCACUCUAUUAUACACCAUGUGCCCAAAUGAAUCAUGAAGGCAGAAGCUAACUCGGGGUCAUUACCCCCUUUUCUUUCUGAGAGGAUUUGGGGGGCGAGGCUUUAUUUUCAGAUUCAGAGCAUCUGAUGGUGGUAUUCAGAGUCUGCACUGAGCCAUACAGUCCUACAGACAUCUGCUCCCCCCAUACACAGCCCAAGUUCUUUGUGACAUGGCAACCUGAGCCCCAGGCAUAUUUCUCCCUCAGAAGGGCAAUUUCUGUUGAGUUCAGGAAAUCUUGCCCACCUUCUAGCAAAGAAAAGCAUGUGUGCAUCAGUCCUGGAGUCAAUGGGCCUCUCUGCUUUUCAGGUGGUAUCAGGGACAGGCGGAACAGUCAACCAACAGCCUGGAGCAGGCAGUAUCCUGCCCCUGCAUCUUUUCUAUGUCCUCUACCCUCCUCCCAGGACACCAACCCUGAAAUGUGACCUGCACCUAUGGGCAGAAACUAGGCAGGGACUGUGGGGUUUUCUCUUGGUGUUUAUGUUUUUUGUUUGUUUGUUUUCAAGAGGGAGGUUUUAAAGAAAAUCACUCCAACAGUGAUUUCAGAAAGCGCUGUCAGCGGCCACUACUAGUGGCUGGUGUGGUAUCCAGAAAAGGCCUCAGGGAUGCUGACCAAAACCCAUACACACAGGGCUCUCUGCUGGCCUCAGAGACAGAGACUCCCACCUUGCCAGGGCAGGACAGAACAGAAGUCAACUUGGAUCAUCCUGCCAGACACACCCCCACAAACACACGGUGGGGGGUAGAAGAGAGGUACCAUGUUGGGGCACAUUCUUUUUCAUUAAAUAUUUUUUUUUGCUUUACCGCCCACUUCUUAGUAUUGUGGAUUGAACCUAGGGCCUUCACACUGAGGUAUAUUUCCAUCUCCCUACCUUUUUUUUUUUUUUAGAAAGGGUCUUGCUAAGGUUAGGUUGCCAAGGCUAGGUUCAAACCUGUGAUCUUUCUGUCUCAGCUUCACAGAGUACUGGGAUUACAGGUGUGCACCACCAUGCCCAGCUAGGUUUUAUUUUAAUUUAUAGAUAAUAUUUAUGGAAUACAAUGUGAUAUUUCAGUGUAUUACACAGUGACAUAAUCAGGGUAAUUAGCAGAACCAGCACCUCACACUUUUAUCAUGUCUUUGUGGUGAGAACAUUUAAAUCCCCUCUCUAGCUGUGUUGAAAUACACAGUACAUUGUCACCAUCUGUGGUCACCUGCUGCAUGACAGACCCCAGAGCCCACUUCUCCUGUCUAACUGAUGCUGGACCUGCUGUUCAACCUCUGUCAUCCUCCUCCCUCACCUUCCCUAGGCUUGAUUCACUGCUAUUUUGCCCUUAACUUCUCGGGGACCAGCUUUUUAUGAGAAUGUCUAAAUGGGCAGGGUAUGUGAAAUAGGAAAGCAGCCUGAAAAAUGGGAGUGCAGAAAGGGAAGGGGAGCCAAAGCUUGUUCCUCACUGCACUGCUUUGCUCCAUCUGCUGACCCUGAGGCAUUCUGUAUUUGGAGGUGUUGUUGUUGUUGUUACCGGGCACUGAACUCGGGACCUUGCACUUUUGAGGCAGGUGGCGGAACCACUGAGCUGAAUCCCCAGCCCCCCUAUGGCAUUCUGAACCACCCCACCGUAGCCCAUAGAUCUGCAAGUGUCUCUUCUCCAGACCUUGCUCUGUAGGCACUACCAUGUACUGAGCUUCUGAGGCCACAGGAAGCCUGAAGCUGAGACCUGGGCCCAGGUUAGGAGAAGGAUGCCACAGAGUGAGGUGGGCCAUCUGGGCACUAUCUUCUCAUGUGCAGACUUAACUCAUUGGUCUGGGGUCCCUGCUCCUCCCUUCUGACAUCCACCCUCCAGCCCAAAGGCACCUGAUGAAAGUUGACCCAGAGCCUGUGCUGCCUGAGUCCUCCCCAGUUCCUCUCCAUGCCUUUCCAGCUGACAGAGAGCUCCAGUGGUGGGGGGAAUCAGCCUCACCCAGUUAGCAGGUGACUCAAAAGUCCAGAAACACUGUUCCUUGUGCUGUCACAUGAGGACAUCCCAUGAGGGAUGGAACUGUGUGUGCAAAGGACUUUGCCUGGCAGGGGGACAGAGCUGCCUGACCUGGGAUGCCACCCCCAGCAGACACUGUUCCAGUGUUUUGUUUAAAACUCGUCCCUGAUGCACAGGGCCAAGUGUACACCUGCUAUCCUCAAGCACAGGGAAAUGGAAGUCACUAUCGUCCAGACAUCAAACUGCACUAUGAGAUCACCCACUGCAGAGGCAGAGGGAGCACCUUCUCACUCCAAGGAAGGGCUGGAAGCCAGUUUUCCUGCUCUGAUGAUUGUGGGUGAACGACAAUCUUUAUGAAAGGCGAUACUGAGCCAUGGCCAAGCAUCUCUGUGGGGAUCCCGGGAAAGGAGGCUUUGUCCCCAAAAAUAUGGGAGAUGAGAGAGUCCUCUGGAAAGCAAUGCCUAAUAAAUGUGACCACCUUACACUACCGUUAAGUUGCCAAAAUAUACAAAGUUAAGGUUUCAGUUCUAUUUUUAUAAAAUAGUUCUAGAUUUAUGGCAAUAUGUA